CGAGCUGCCUGAGCCGUCCUUGCAAUCCCAGCAUGUCGGGCUCCGGACGCAAAGACUUUGAUGUGAAACACAUCCUGCGACUCCGCUGGAAACUCUUCAGUCACCCGUCCCCGUCCCCGGGCAGCCCGGCGGGGGGCGGCUGCCUGCAGCAGGACGGCAGCGGCGGCUUCGAGCACUGGGGACCCAGCCAGAACCGCCUGCUCAAGAGCCAAGAGAAGGGCAGCGUGAGCACCUUCUGGAAGAAGCCUUCCUCCUCCUCUUCCUCCUCCUCCUCCACUUCGUCUUCCUCCCCAUCCUCUUCCUCCUCUUCCUUCAACCCGGUGAAUGGCACCCUGCUGCCCGUGGCCACGAGGCUGCAGCCAGGGGCGCCCCGGCAGGGCACCCCGCCGCCGGCCCGGACUCUCUUCUACGUGGAGUCCCUAGAGGAGGAGGAAGUGCCCGGCAUGGACUUUUCCGGGCAGCAGGAGAAAGGGCUGGUCCUGCAGGAGCUCAAAGUGGAGCCGGCCAACUCGGGCCAGGCAACAGGUGAAGGAUGCGGACACAGGCUGUCAGCAACUAGCCAUUCAUUGGCACCUCAAAGUGAUUUGGACUCCAGCAGCUCUGAGGAAUUCUAUCAGGCCGUUCACCAUGCUGAGCAAACCUUCAGGAAAAUGGAAAGUUACUUGAAACAACAGCAACUUUGUGAUGUUAUCCUGAUUGUUGGGAACCGCAAGAUACCUGCACACAGGCUUGUCCUGAGCUCAGUCUCAGACUACUUUUCUGCCAUGUUUACAAGUGAUGUUUGUGAAGCCAAGCAAGAGGAAAUCAAGAUGGAAGGCAUAGACCCCAAUGCUCUCUGGGAUCUUGUCCAAUUUGCAUAUACAGGUUGCUUGGAAUUAAAGGAAGACACCAUUGAAAACCUUCUCUCCGCAGCCUGCCUUCUUCAGCUGCCCCAAGUAGUGGAAGUGUGCUGCCAUUUCCUCAUGAAGCUUCUGCAUCCUUCCAACUGCUUAGGAAUCCGAGCAUUUGCAGAUGCUCAAGGGUGCAUUGAACUAAUGAAGGUGGCUCACAGCUACACAAUGGAAAACAUAAUGGAAGUUAUAAGAAAUCAAGAGUUUUUACUGCUUCCAGCUGAGGAGCUCCAUAAACUUCUGGCCAGUGAUGAUGUAAAUGUUCCUGAUGAAGAAACUAUCUUCCAUGCACUAAUGAUGUGGGUGAAGUAUGACAUGCAGAGAAGAUGCAAUGACUUGAGUAUGCUUCUUGCCUUUAUAAGACUGCCACUGCUUCCACCACAGAUAUUGGCUGACCUAGAAAACCACGCAUUAUUUAAGAAUGAUCUGGAAUGUCAAAAGUUGAUUCUGGAAGCAAUGAAAUACCAUUUAUUGCCAGAAAGAAGAACUCUAAUGCAAAGUCCAAGAACUAAACCUAGAAAGUCUACAGUUGGAACUCUGUAUGCUGUAGGAGGAAUGGAUAACAACAAAGGAGCUACAACCAUAGAGAAAUAUAACCUCAGAACAAAUUUGUGGAUCCAGGCAGGGAUGAUGAAUGGCCGAAGACUGCAAUUUGGGGUGGCUGUUAUUGAUGAGAAACUCUUUGUAAUUGGUGGUCGAGAUGGCUUAAAGACAUUGAACACUGUUGAAUGUUACAACCCUAAAACAAAGACUUGGACUGUCUUACCACCGAUGUCAACACAUAGACAUGGUCUAGGUGUGACAGUACUUGAAGGCCCGAUUUAUGCUGUGGGAGGCCAUGAUGGCUGGAGCUAUCUGAAUACAGUGGAGAGAUGGGAUCCCCAGAGUCAGCAAUGGACUUUUGUUGCAAGUAUGUCAAUUGCCCGAAGCACAGUUGGUGUAGCAGCAUUGAAUGGCAAGUUGUAUUCAGUUGGAGGUCGCGAUGGAAGCUCGUGUUUGAGUUCAAUGGAGUAUUAUGAUCCUCAUACAAAUAAGUGGAACAUGUGUGCUCCAAUGUGUAAAAGAAGAGGGGGUGUUGGAGUAGCCACAUGUGAUGGUUUCCUUUAUGCAGUAGGAGGUCAUGAUGCUCCUGCUUCAAACCACUGUUCCCGGCUACUCGAUUAUGUAGAAAGAUAUGAUCCCAAAACAGACACGUGGACCACUGUGGCUCCUUUGAGCAUGCCCAGAGAUGCUGUUGGAGUUUGUCUCCUUGGUGACAGGUUAUAUGCCGUUGGUGGCUAUGAUGGGCAGACAUAUCUCAACACCAUGGAAUCCUAUGAUCCACAAACUAAUGAAUGGACACAGAUGGCUUCCUUGAAUAUUGGGAGAGCAGGUGCCUGUGUAGUAGUCAUCAAGCAACCUUGACUUAUUUUUAUUUGGAGAGAUUUUAUUUGCUGGAGUAGUUAUUUUUAUAUAAGAUGGCAAGAAUAAGAAUUUUCUGAGAUGCAAAUUCAUCAAGAACAAGGAUUUCUGCAGAAUCACCUACUCAUGUCAAUUGAGGCAGAAGAUCAAACAGAAUUCUAGAAAACAAUGAAAUAUCAAACUGUUAUCUGGCCAUGUAUUAGUUCAGGAAUGGUCAUUGGUAAUCUGUUUUGUAUUGUAGCAUCCAAUAGCUGGAGUUACCAAAGGCUUGUUUUUCUUGAGCAAUUAAAAGGAGAAACCAAUAUUUGUGACAUGGAUAAUUUCAUUAUUUAUAAUUGCUUGAUAAUAUCUGACAAUAUUCAAGAGGUUGCCCAGUGUAGAAGACAUGAUAUUUCCAUCUGACAGAAUCUGACUGGUUUACUGUUCUCCUAAUCAGAUGUGGUCAGAUCAGGAGGCAGAAUUAUGUUUUAUAAAAACAAACAUGCGUCUUCCUCAUUUUCCUAAUCUAACCUACAAGGAUAAUUAGAGAAACAGAUUCAUGCUUGGCUCAGACAUCCAGAAGACAAACUGACCUGCUAAUCAAAGCUGCAUAUGUCAUCAGAAGCUAUGGUUGGAUUUUAUUGCAACUACAUUAGCAAUUUAAGCUGGCAGACACAAAGGAUUGUUUCAUUAGGCUUAUCACAUUGCUUUGUUUUUUGAAUAUACUGAGCCAAAGUAUCAGUACAAUUACGGGCUCUUGCCUAUGUUGAGGUCAUAAGCAUGGAAGCUAGUUAUUCUGAAUGUUAUUUAUAUAUAUAUAUAUUCAUUGCAUGUUGAAGUCCUUUAGAAUUUUCUUUAUAAAAAACAACUUAGAAUUUGAGACAGAAAUCUAGGAUCCAUUCAUUUGAAGUAUUAAUAAUCACUGUUAGAAUGAAGACAGACUUCAGAUUUUCAUUCCCCAUUUUUCAAACUUGUUACAUUGCUAUGCAUAUUAUUUUAUGCCAAAUGUUUGUCAUUGUUUACAGCAUAAAGUAGAAACAUUACACAAUGUCUUUAAUAGAUCCAUGUACAUUUUAAAUACAAUUAAUAAAUGAUAGAAAAUUUGCUUUUA